GGCUAAGGCAGGUCCAGCCCAGGUCGCCCCAGACCCUGUGGUCCCCUCCAAGUCUGGCCCCGCCCUGGAAGCUGUCACCACGGAGACCCCUGUGAUGGCAAUGCCCCCGGUGGCCUCCCUGAAGACUGCAGCCAAGGGUCAGGACGCCAAGGGUCAGGACGCCAAGGGUCAGGACGCCAAGGGUCAGGACGCCAAGGGUCAGGAGCCUUCGAAGAAGAAAGCUUCAGGCAAGAAGAAAACCAAGCCUGAGGCUGACCCUGGUCUGGAUUCUCCCCUGUCCCUGCCUUAUAAAGCCCUGGUGUCGUCCGUUAGCAGCAUGGCGUUCAGUGAGGCUGAGGCCCAACGCCUCAUAGAUCUGCUCUCCGACAAGGCCGGCCUCGGACAGGACACCUGGCACAAGACUACUCCGAAGGGGGACCCAGUGGCUGUGUUGAAGAAACAGCUGGAGGAGAAUCAGAAACAGCUGGCUGCUCAGCAAGAGGACGCCGCCGCGGCCAAAACAAAGCUGAGGGAACUCACCAGGGAGCUGUCUGCCGAGAAGACCAAAGUGACUGGCGUAGAGACCAGGCUGAGUUCCCAGCUGUCAUCCAGGGAACAGGAAAUGAUCGCUCUGCAGGCUCGCAUGCAGGCCUCGUACCAGGACCACCUAGCCCAGACACAGAACCUCAACACUAAGAUUCUCAGUCUUCAGGAACAGUUGGAGUCCGGUCCCACUGCCCAACUGACACGUCUACAGCAGGAGAACUCCAUUCUCAGAGAUGCACUGAACCAAGCCACCAGCCAAGCAGAGAGCAAACAGAACGCUGAGCUGGCCAAGCUGAGGCUGGACUGUUCCAGACUGACCAAGGAGCUGGGAGAGAAGAGUGUGAGCCUUCAGGCUGAGGAGAAGGUGAAGAGGAGUCUGGAGGCAAAGACAUCUGCUGCAGAGAAACAACUGGCUCAGCUACAGGCCAGCCAUGCAGAGAGUAAGCAGGCACUGGAGAGGAGGCUGGAGGAGGUCAGUGAGGAGUUGAGGAGCUCCCAGAGCACCCUGGAGAAAGCCCAGCAGGAGGCAGCCGUCCUCUCAGACCUCCAGAUCCGUCUGGGCAGUUUGGAGGCUGACCUGAAGGAGCGUAGUGCCAAGGUGGAUGCCCUCACAGCACAACUGGGGCAGACUGAGCUGGAGAAGAGACAACUGGAGGACCAGGUGGGAUCCAUUAAUGUCCUGCUGGAGGCCAGCCAGAACAAAGAGGAUCAUUCCACUCAGUUGGAACAGCUAAAGAGCAGUCUACAGCACCGAGACAGCCAACUGAUGUCACUCCAAGAGGAACUGAAACAGCUUAAAGAAAUUGAAAAGGAGGCCGUUUUAGCUGCUGAGGUCUCUACAGCUGUGACCGUGCCAGCGCCCAGCAGUGAGGACACUGAUCUGGUGGCAUCGCUUCAAGAGGAACUGAAACAUCUUAGAGAAGAGCUGGACCACCUUCAAAACACCCCAACAGCUUCUGCUCAAGACUCUGGAGAGACAGAACAGCUGCUUCAAAGCCUGAAAGAGAGAGAAAGUCAGGUGAGAUCACUGGAAGAGGAGGUGAAACAACUCAGAAAAACGUCAGAGCAGCUGUCUGAUCGCACGGCAGAACUUGCGGCGCUCCAAACCAGCCUGUCAGAGAGAGAAGCUCUGAUGACCUCACUACAGGAGGAGCUACAGGAAGCCAGGAACCAAUCAGAGACGAUGCAGAGACAGGAGUCCCAGCAGAGCACAGAGCUGCCAGAGCUGUUGGAGAAACUGAAGGAAGCGGAGGACAGUCACAGUACCCUGCAUGCAGAGUGUGACCAGUACAGAACAGUCCUGGCUGAAACGGAAGGAAUGCUGAAGGACCUUCAGAAGAGUGUCGAGGAGGAAGAGCUGGUGUGGAAAUCUAAGAUGGCCGACUCUCAGGACCAGUUGGCAAAGGCCCUGGGAUGUGUACACACCCUGGAAAUGACUACAGAGAGGUUGAAGGCAGAGAACCAAAGCAUAGGCAAGCUGAAGGAGCAGGUGAUGUUGUUGGAAGCCCAGCUGGAGAAACAGUCAGAGAUCGCCUCAACAGAAGAGGAGAUGGAGCAGAUGAAGGGUCUGUUGUCAGAACACCAGAGUCAACUGACGUCAGCGCAGGAGGAGGCCCGGACAUACAGGGAGGAGCUGGUGAUGGUCAGAGGUCAGCUAAGCGAGGCGACGGAGCUUGCUCUGAGGCAGAAGGCAGUACCUGAGGCCAGGUCACAAAACAGCCAGUCAGAAUCUGAGGUCCAGUCCCAGUUGAUUCAGACCACAGAGGAGUUUGAACAGGCUCAGAAAGCGGUUGUAGAGCUCCAAACUCAGCUGGACCUGCUGAAGGACGCAGGAGACGCCGCGCAAACCGACAUGGAGGAUGUAGCCUUGCUAAAGGAGCGCCUGCAGAAGGAGAGAAAGCUAAGCAAGGAUUUGGGGCUAGCAGCGACCAAACUCCAGCAGCUCUUAAAAUUCACCCAGGAGCAGCUGGUCAGAGAGAGAGCCAGAGGCAACACCAUCCAGGAGCCCUGUGUUGAGGCCAAGGGAGAAAGUAUACAACUGAAGGAAGGGACAUCUGUUUAGGAGCCCGAAGACACUAAAACAUGCCAAAAUGCCUUAAUCUGAUUUAUACCACAACUGGAUCAUUUCACCGUGCCUUUUUUUUUUUCUGUCACCGCCACGGGACGGGGCAACAGAAGCGUGUUGUAUGCAACUGGGAGGGGCAAUUGAAUGCAAGCUUGUUUUUUUUAUUUCAUUUUUAUUAUCUGGGCCACAGGCUUGAUAUGCUCCUCCCCCUCUGCUCAGUAAUCCACAUCAAAGCACCAGACAAGGGCCAACAUUGUUCCACACACAGACCAAAAUCCCAAUAAUAUACCAUCCCUGCGUCUUUACACCAGCUCUGCCAAAUAUAAAAACUUUUUAUGGGGAACGUGUAAACAUCACCAAAUUGUUUUUACCAAAAAAACAUUCCAAAUUAAAAGCCAGCUAACGACCUAGUCGAUUUGCAUUUUCACGACCCCUGUAAACCCACUAAUCCCAGGGAGAAUGACAGUGAAGUAAACUCGCCAAACGAAGACAUUCUUGCAUUCAACACUUGUUCUGAUGGGAAGCUGUGACGUCAUCCAUCUUCAUGCUUCCUUUAGGAACAACUGAGGAAAUAUCUGCCCAUCCCACUAUGAUGUUGGGACUUCUUGGACCAUUUAUGGGGAUGUGCCUUCGUUUAGUAAAUCAGGUGUUAAACUAGGUGACAUGGAAACUGGAGUGCCACUUUAAAAGAUCAUGGGGGUUGAAACAAAAGACUAUUAAAAUGCAUGAUUGGUACACAGUUUCAUCUCAAAACAUCAGCUGAAAAAGGCACUAACUUUGUGGAAUGAUCCAGUGGUAAUAAUGCAUUCCAAAAACGAUCCUUCUUUCUUGUACUGUAGUAGUUGAUUGCUGCAACCCAAAAGGCCAGUUUACUGGACAUGGUUUAAAAAAAUAAUAAUCUUAGACUUAAAUACAAGCUCAAUAGAGAAUCUCCACUGAAAUUAUGUUUUAGUCAAGGGACCAGGCUUGAUCUGAGUCCAGGAAACCAGACCAAAAUGUUUUUCUUCUGCAUUUCAAUUUUAUGAUCGAUAAGAUGAAACAAAGUUUUGCUGCAAAAAGAAAAAAAACGUUGUUGAAGAAAAUAACCUACAUUCCAUCAAGGAUUCUGGCCGUCAGAACUCAUACAUUUUACUAACUCUAGUACCCGCUAUUAGUGUGCAUUCCUCACAGACUUGGAUAGAUGUUAGAUCUAAAUAUCAUUAUGGUGUCACAGACAUGGAUAGAAUUCACAUCUCUGUAACGGUCGUUAUUAUGGCGUCUGUGAGGGCCGGGGCAGCGCCGUUAAAGCCAUCUUCAUUUUGAAUUAGUAAAUGUUCUUAUGUGUAAUGAAUUAGUUGUUCCCUCCGGCUAACCCUACUUUAGUCUUCUGAUACGUAACACCAUAACCCAGUGAAAGUUCCACCUAGUUGCCUUACUUAAAAUGGUGGAAGCCGUCGACGGCGAAGUUUAAGUUGUCUAUCUAUUCCAUCAUUCCGCCCUGUAUGGAUAUUAGUCACACUAAAGCCCUGAACUAGAGCUAACCUAUUACCUACUCUGCCUUAUAUUAACUACGGAGCCCCACCCCCCCAGUCCACAGUGUUAAAAGGGAAAUGGAAUGUGCGUUGACACGCACAUCAACCUGUGCAAUUACUUUGUCUAAGUCUUUGUCGUCUAAAAUGGCACCCUAUUUUCUAUAUAGCACACUAUUUAAUGGCCAGAACCAUAUAGAAAACCUUAUCGGCCUGAGUUAAAGCGUAUUCUUUUUUUCAAAUAGGGAAUAAAUACGUUGCCAUUUUAGGACACGCCAUUGUGUGUUUUGUUUUGUAAGCGGUUGGUUGAAUGGUGGGGAAAUUAUAUGGUACACGGAACGGAUGGACGGAUGCUAUACAUUGAGUGCCUCCUUCACUGCUGUCUAAACAGUAAGCUGGCUGCCAACGCAAAUGUAUGAAUUUGAUAAAAGAAUAAACUACAAUGUAGCUGUUA